UUCGAAGUCAAUACUACACUCGCAGGCGGCGACGUCGGCGCAAGGGCAGGUCUCGAGAGGGAGACCGCGGAGGACACCCAAGAUGAGGAGGGGAAGAACGCCGACAAAUUGCAGAACUCUGUCAUCGCGGGCGUAUCGAUUCUAUUGUGCAUACUUCUGGCAGUGAUGGCGACCCGCGAAAACCACGACGCUGGCGUAGCGGAAAAGGAGGGGAAAAAGGAUCAUCUUGGGAAUAGUGGCGUCAAAAAGAAGAGUCGCGGAAGCAAAACUUCG